GCUGCUCUGAGAGAUGGAGGCUUUGGUGCAGAGACUGGAGCAGGCUGUGACACGCCUGGAGAGCAUGUCCAUCAAGAUGCAGACCCCGGGAGGGGGCGUGGCCAAUGGAGACAUAACCAAUGGAAUCAAUGGUGUAAGCCGGUGUGUGGAGGCGUUUGACCUGCUGCUGGAGGGCCCAGUGUCGGACUACCUGCGGACGAGCCAAGCCAUCGGAGAGGACGUGGAGAAGCACGCAGAGAUGGUGAAGACUGCUCUAAAAGUGCAGAGGAACUUCAUCAAGAUGGCGAGCACACACCAGCAGCCUGCACAGGCGGAGAUGUCGGCCCUGCUGAAGCCCAUCUCGGAUCAGAUCCAGCAGGUGCAGCGUUUCCGCGAGCAGCACCGCGGGAGCCUGCUGUUCAACCACCUCUCAGCCGUCAGCGAGAGCAUCCCGGCGCUGGGCUGGGUCACCGUGUGCAUGAAGCCAGGGCCAUAUGUGAAAGAAAUGAACGAUGCCGCCAUGUUCUACACUAACCGCGUUCUGAAGGACUACAAAGAGACAGAUAAGCGGCAUGUCGACUGGGUUCGGUCCUACCUGAACAUCUGGACAGAGAUGCAAGCCUACAUAAAGCAGCAUCACACCACAGGCCUGGCCUGGAGCCAAACUGUAAGCCUGAACACUGCUCUCCUCCUGCUGGACCUUGCCCCAUGCCCCGCCCUCCCUCCUCCUGCCCCCCUGCCCCCGCCCCCCCCUCCGAGCGCAGACCAGCAGCCCAAACCUGACAGCAGCGCCUUGCACUCUGCCCUCUUCGCCCAGCUCAACCAGGGAGAGGACAUCACCAGAGGCCUGAAGCACGUCUCUGAAGCCCAGAAGACCCAUAAGAACCCGGGCCUGCGCUCCCAGAGCGGGGCACCCCCCCCCACAGCCGCACAUGGCCACGCCCCCAAGGCCGCGGCCACGCCACCCCACAGCCGCACCCCGCUGCUGGAGCUGGAGGGGAAGAAGUGGCGGGUGGAGUACCAGAACCAGGCCCCGGACCUGCUGAUCUCCGACACCGAGCUCCGGCAGGUGGCCUACGUCUUCAGCUGCGCCAACUCCACCCUGCAGAUCAAGGGCAAAGUCAACUCCAUCAUUCUGGAUAACUGUAAGAAAAUGGGUGUGGUGUUUGACAGCGUGGUGGGCAUCGUGGAGAUCAUCAACUGCAAAGACAUAAAGCUCCAGGUGAUGGGGACAGUGCCCACCAUCUCCAUCAACAAGACGGACGGCUGCCACGUGUACCUCAGCCAGGACGCGCUCAACUGCGAGAUCAUCAGCGCCAAGAGCUCCGAGAUGAACAUCCUGCUCCCGCAAGGAGACGACUACAGAGAGUUCCCCGUUCCAGAGCAGUUCAAGACGGUGUGGGACGGAUCCAGACUAGUGUCGGAGCCCACCGAGAUCGCUGGCUGAUGGCUUCCUCCUCCUCUUCCUCCACCUCCUCCUCCACCUCCUCCUCACACAGCAGUCUCACACAUUCACUCAGAAAUAACAGUAAUACUACAGUAACUCUUCAUCGGAGUCCUCCUCACCAUAGCCACUGUGUUAGUGGGAGCACCAGCCUGAUAUAAUCCAAGACUCUUUCUGCAGCUCUUUAAAACAGUUCCUUCACUCACACACACACACACACACACACACACGUAUAUACACACCCUUGUUGUGAGGACCGUAUGUGACGUGUGUAAAUGUAGGUGUGUUCAUGUGACUCGCGCCGCGGUUUUUCUAGGGCUAAUUCUGUGAUUUCUCUCGAAUGAAUUCCUCCUUAAAUGGCAAAAGUGGAAUAACCACAAACUUACAUAUUUAUCAUCCGUGCCAUAGCCAUAACUCUGUCUCACUCACUCACACACGUGCGCACAUCAAACAGACACACAGACACACAGACACACACAGCUACAGCAUUUGUGUGUAAGCUUCGCAGGGAAUGUAAACAAUGUCUCACACGCUCUUGGUUCUUGUGUGCCGUUAAGUGUUUUGAAAGCUGACAGCUUUUGCACAAGUCUCCCCACCCCUUCAAUGUCAUAUUAACACGCAGAGUGUAGAGCAUCACAGGAAGUGUAGUUUCACACUAAUAGUGUAUCACAAUAACUAUAGUGUAUAUACACCAAUAGUGUAUAACAGUAACUAGCUUUAGGCUAAUAGUGCGGAAUAUCACAGUAACUGUAGUUCCACGUCAAGCAUCACGUCAGUGUAGGUUCACACUAGUCGUGCAUCAGUAACUAGUUUCACACUAAUGUAAAGUAUCACAGUAACUGUAGUUCCACGUCAAGCAUCACGUCAGUGUAGGUUCACACUAGUCGUGCAUCAGUAACUAAUGUAAAGUAUCACAGUAACUGUAGUUCCACGUCAAGCAUCACGUCAGUGUAGGUUCACACUAGUCCUGUAUCAGUAACUAGUUUCACACUAAUGUAAAGUAUCACAAUAACUGUAGUUUCACACUAAUAGAGCAUCACAGUAACUGUAGUUUAACACUAGUAGUGUAAAAUAUCACUGUGUAAUAACGUAGAAAGAAAAGAGACUGUAGGUUUAAGGUUGUGUCUGUCUCAGUGCAGUUGCGCUGUACUAUCGGGAGAUGUACACUGGGAAACCGUUCUUUUCUCAAAAGGUUCUCAUUGGUCCCGUGUCAGUCAUCGCUGAGGUGUGAUUGGUCCUGUGUCAGUCAUUGCUGAGCUGUGAUUGGUCCUGUGUCAGUCAUCGCUGAGGUGUAAUUUUUCAGGCUCGACACCGCGAGAGUUUGCGGCCACCAAUAAUGUCAAAGGGGGGGAUUAGAAACAAGUGCAUUUUAAAUAUCGCAAUGAAUUUGUUUAUUGGACAUUUUUCAAAAUAAAAUGAAUAUGAUUCAG